AUGCCAACUGUAUUUCUUCCAACAAGUUUUAGUUAUGCAUCAGUAUAUCAUGACUAUGUACAGGCUUGUAAAGAUAAGUAUAGUAAGGAUGCUCGUAUUUUGGCUGAAUCAACCUUUACUAAUAUUUGGAAAUCAUUAAUGCUAUCACUUCAAUUUAUGUCCUCGAAAACUGAUUUAUGUGAAACAUGUGAAAUAAUGAAAAUGGAUAUUAGAUAUGCUUCACAAUAUGAAAAAAAAUUAGAGCUUACUAAUAGUUACUUGGCCCACUUAAAUCGAGCACAAAAAGAACGUGACUACUAUAAUGCUAACAUUAUAAAUGCAGUUGAAGAUAGCAAACACAAUCCAAAUGUAGUCAGCUCUUAA